AUGUUUGAUUGGUUGGUAACAGCUCAACUUGUAGCAUUUGCUGGAUUCGUUUCAACAGUUAUUUUUGAUACAGUUCUAAUCGUUUUGACUUUAUUUAUAAAACGAACUCUUGGCUAUUACAAAUAUCUUAUAAUUACUUUUGCCUUACUCGGAAUGUGUUUUUCUGCAAUUGAUUAUUACCUUCAUCCAAUUCUUCAUAGUCACAAUGAUGGUUUUAUAUUUUUCAGUUCAGAAAAUAAUUUCAAUAGAAAUGUGAGAGAUAUUUUGAUAGGUAAAAAGUUUGAAGAUUUCGAAAAAAAUUCAAUUUUAUAUUCUCAGCCUUGUAUCCAGCAUUUUAUUCGUCAACUGUUUCAAUGUUGACAAUACAGUAUAUUUAUCGAUAUUGGGCAAUUUUUCAGUGAGUUUUCAUAGAAAAAAAGAGUUCUAAUAUUUUUUAGUGUUCAUCGUCUUCGAUAUUUCAAAAAUUGGAGAUUAGUUUUUUGGUUAGUUUAUGUUGUUAUAAUAAGUAUGGAGCAUACAUUUGCUAUGACUUAUUUUGCAAAAUUUGAUAAUUAUUCUAUAAGUUAUAUGUCAAACACUAUAAUGGAUUUUUACAACAAAAAUAUUUUAGAUUUGUCAGGAAUUGCGGUUGUUGUAUAUGUUAGUUUUAAACUCUCAUGAAAUCUCUUGAAUAUUACAAUUUUGUAGGAUGUGAACGGGAAUUUUAGAUGGAAAAAUGUAUUUUAUGUGAUAAAUGCAUCACUUUCCACAUUCUCUCAAUAUUGUAUUAUGAUUUAUACUGGAACUGUGAUGAACAAAAAAAUGGAUAAUGUUAUUCAUGUUUUUUCUCCACAACUUCAACGAGUUAAUCGGCAAAUUUUCAAAACAUUAGUUGUUCAGAUGGUUUUUCCAACAAUCCUAUUAUUUGUGCCAGUGUUCAUAACUUAUUUGGUACCGUUUUUUAGAUUGAAAAUUGAUAUUCCAAGUGGAAUAUUUACAUGUUCACUUGGAAUUUAUCCAGCUAUCGAUUCUCUUUUUCUGUUCCUUUUUGUUUCAGAAUACAAGAAUGUUUUUAAAAGUGAGUUUGAAGAGAGAAAUAACAAAAGUUCAACUUUUUAUUUCUCACAUUCAGAGUUUGGAAAAAAGCCGAAACAACGAAUAUUCUCAAAUGUGGGAUAA